AUGAGCGAUUCUGAGCAUUUUGAUUAUGAGUACGCUGACUUAUCGGAAAGCGUAAGUGAUCAAAGUGAUACAGACUCUGAAGAAAGUGAAGUUAGUGAUGAUUAUAGUGACGACGAUAGUGAUCACAUGAAUACCUGGGAAGUGAUAACUACAGAAGAUCCUGCACCAUCACGUUUCCAAUUUCUGGGUGUGCCAGGUUUAAGCGAAUCUAAUUGUUACGCGGAACAGCAUCCAGGAAAAUCAUCUGAUGUUUUAUCACCGAUUACACUAGCAGAUUUUCUCGUUACUAAACAAACUGAUUUGUAUGGUACUUUACGUUCAAAUAGGAAGGAUAUGCCGCCUGAAAUUACAAAGAAAAAAAUUAAAAAAGGAGAAACUAUAGCUUACAGACGACUUAAAGAAAUGGUCAUGAAAUGGCAUGAUAAAAAAAUUAUUCAUUUACUGUCAACAGUGCAUAACCCAGAAAUGGCAGAGACUAAUAAAAAAGACAAAGAGGGUAAGUUUAUAAAAAAACCGAAAUUGGUAGUUGAUUAUAAUAAUACCAUGGGUGGUAUCGAUCGUUUGGAUCAACACUUGCACGAUUACGCGAUUACUAGAAAAAGAGGGAAAAAAUUUUAUAAAAAAAUUUUUAUGCAUUUACUAGAUUUAACAGUAUUCAACUCAUUUAUUUUAUAUAAAAAAAAUGGUGGGGCAAUUGAUAAUUUACAAUUUAGAUUACAAUUAGUGGAACAAAUUAUUCAAAAAUAUCAUUCAAGUGAAUGUACUAAAAAGGCAGGACGUCCAAAGAAACCUGGGCCACUAAGAUUGAAGGAAAGACAUUUUCCUGACUUCAGCCCCCCUACAAAAAGUUAUAAUAUUCCAUAUAAACGAUGUGUGUUAUGUUCCACAAAAAAAGAUAAGAUGGGAAAAAAAUUAAGAAAGGAAACAAAAUAUUGUUGUAACGAGUGCGACGUUGCUCUUUGUCCUGCUCCUUGUUUCAAAGUAUAUCACACGGAAAAAAAUUAUUAG